UCAAAAUAUACUCAAGAUACACGAGCUUCCAUACGAUAGUACAUAUAUUAGCUAUAUAGAAUGACUGAAGCAGAGGAAAAAUGCAAUAAUGAUACUACCGACAAUGCAGGUGAAGAUGAGGAAGUCGACGGAGAGUUAGCAGGGAAGCUCAACGAACUGGACGAGUAUUGCAAUGCUUACAGACAAAUAAUCCGACCGGAAACAGGGAAAAUCACACUUAAAACCCUGUCGACCAAACAUACGCUGAUUUCUGCGUCAGUGAGCAACAGGUUCAAACGCAUGACCGGUUCUGCGAAGACACACGAGAAAUCGUCGCGCUCAACCAGCGCAUCAGGCAUGAAUGGCCUGAAGGCACAGGCCCACAGUGCAAGUGACGACAGUGACACACCGAAGAAAUUCCCCCUGGGCUAUUCGCACGAUCUGGUCAAGGUGAUGGUGACAUAUACAACUGCAGCGUACUGUAAAUUGCACAAUACUUCAAUUCUAGAGUGUGGAUGCGAUCCUUAUCUGCCACCCAACUUCACCGCGACUCUCAGAGCCACACACAAAGACUAUGACUCAAGCGCAUUCGUGGGCCUACAGGCGGCAAAUGGGAAAGCCGAUGGCAACGAACAUUUGAAUAGGAACUUCAUUGUGGCUUCAUUUCGAGGAACACAAAGCAAUACUAAUUGGAUAAAUAAUCUGAAGGCAAUAGCCAUAUCCGCUAAAGAUGAGGGGUAUCCGGAUGCGAAAGGCGUUAAAUUUCACUUAGGCUUCUGGCGAACUUUCAGCUCGAUAAGUGACGAGGUAAUCAAAGAAAUCACGCGGCUGAAGAUGGAACAUCCCGAUUACGAUGUGGUCAUCACAGGUCACAGCUUAGGUGGGGCGCUUGCCACCUUCUGCUGUCUGCUGUUGUCAUUAGCAGGUAUCAAGUGCACAGGAUAUACCUUCGGUCAACCCAGAGCCGGAAAUGUCGCGUUCAGAGAGUACUUCAACUCCAAGGUGGAUCACUUUUAUCGUAUCAUCAACAACUACGAUGCCGUGCCCCACUUGCCGCAGAGGAUAAUGGGUUUCCGACAUGUAGGGGUAGAAUUGUGGUUCGAGGGAGAUGUCAAAGGCAACCGCGUCAAAGGAAGAAAUGGCGAUAUUGUGUCCGAUCCCAUGACCAUCCUCCAGCUGACUGCCAAGAAGCAGAGCAGCGUGCCGUUCCACAAGCUCACCAUUAUAGACCACAUCGUAUACUACGAACGAGUGACGGGCGACGCACGGCUGAAAGGCCAGGAAGCACCAGCACAGCAAGCCAAGCGCGACGGCCGCGCUGUGUUUGUGACAGACACUUUCAUGCCAUUAAGUAUCAAUGCCAAUCAAAACACCGUCGUGCUACUCUACGAGAGUAAGAAGGCACAACACUCGACGCAGGAGGAGGAUAGUAAGAGGUCAAAGUUGAAUCGCACUGCAAGCUUAAAGAGUUUUCUGAAAAGCACUCAUAUAGGAAUGUCAGAAACCCAACACGCAAAGAGCUCGCUGAAGAAACUUGCUGCCAAAUACGAGAUGGAUGACGCCGUGUUGAUCGCACAAAUGGAUGUGUCUGAGAAUCAGCUGCCGAACGGUGCACACACCUGGGGAGGCGGCCACUUCCCUUCGUUCUGGUUCUUCCCUGGGGCCUGGAAUAGCUUUCCCGAGGGCAUGCCCGUGCGUAUAACUGGAUCCGGUGGAGUUGACGAUGAUAACGAAACAACGGAACAAAAAUACAUGUUGUUUGGACAAAUGGCUAAUGAUGCCGUGGAUCCCUCCCCGCCCAGUAAACGACCCACUUACAAGGAAAUGUGCGCAUACGUGGAGAAAAAUCGCAAAGAAAUCGUUCUGAACGACACGGUGAAGGGCUACUUCAGGCCUCUACAGAAAGGUAUCCCACAGAACCAGGCACCCCCACCAGUACAGACCGACAAGGAAGAAGUGUGUCCUUUGUCAGCAAGUGCCAUUGUCAUGCCUGGUAGAAUGCCCCAGGCGACGUAAUAGUUAGUAUUCAAUUAAAGCCGCGACUGUUUCAU